CACACCCCAACGUCCUUUUUACUUGUUUCCCCGUUCUCUUUCCUUCGUCUUCCUCAACUCAUGGGUUUCCUCUGAUUUAACCUAACCCUCACGCCACUCUCGCCCUCUAAAUAAUAAUCCCUUGCAGGUUUUGUGGGUGGCAUUCUUAGAGAUGGAGAAGCUCCCCAGCUUUGUCGUCAGUGGAGGCGUCAAGCUUCCCAUUGGCUACCGUUUCUGUCCCACCGAUGAAGAGCUUGUCAUUCACUACCUCAAGAGGAAGGUCUUCUCUCACCCCUUACCCGCCUCCGUCAUUCCCGACUUCGACGUCUUCGCCGCCCACCCUUCCCGCCUCCCAGGUGUCGGUGAUUCCAAGGAAAAGAGAUAUUUCUUUAGCCAUAGAAGGGAGCAUAUUCACAAGAGGCCUGCUGCUUCUGGGUACUGGAAAACCAUAGGCAAUGACAAGCAAAUUAUUGCUUCUGAGAACAACCGAGUGGUUGGGAUGAGGAAGACUUUGGUUUUCUGUGAAGCCAAACGUUCCCGUGAGGCUCGUACUCGGUGGGUCAUGCAUGAAUUGCGCCUUCUUCCUUCUGAAACACCUUCCUACCCAUCACACCAGGUGGCAGCAGCAGAUUGGGCUGUGUAUCGCAUAUUUCAAAAGAGGAAGCUUAAGAGAAGAGGAUCUAAUGGUCAACUCUCUAAUAUGAGGAAAGUUCAGGGAUUAGAGGAAGAGAUCAAACCCAGUUUCAUAGAUUUCACAGCGGAAUGUGGGAGUGACACAGGACCUCCCCCACCUAGUUCUCCAUGUUCAAGCGAAAGCAGUGAAAUCGCUUCUAACAAGCUAGAUUAGGAGGAGAUAAGGAGCUUGCAUUAAUUAGGUUUUCUUUAUGAUCAUCAUUAUUAUAGAGUCACUGAGAAGUCCUUAGGAUUAGAUAACUCUUCAUGGAGCAUUUAUUUUCUGUAAGAGCAGCGCAAACAACUGAGUUUAUUAAUAGUACUAUUCAACUAACUUGCUUUAUUAAUGUGACAUGAUUACGGUGGGAAUAUAGUUUAGAAUACUCA